AUGGUUAUGCAACGCCAAACCAACCCCAAACCAUGGGGCACGCUGGGGGACCUUUUGCUCGCCUCCGCCGUCAACCGCCACGGGACCGCCAGUUGGGACUCCGUCGCCAUGGAACUACACAAUAGAUUCUCUCAAUCCCCUUCCUCUCUUACUCCCCAAGAUUGUAGGAACAAGUUCUACGACCUCAAGCGCCGUUUUCUCUCCCAAAACCUCCACGAUUCUGAUUCUUCCUCCCUCUUGCCUAUGCUUGACGAGUUGAGAAAGAUUCGGGUCGAAGAGCUCCGUCGCGAUGUUCAACGUCGGGAUGCCUUGAUCGUGUCAUUGGAAAUGAAGGUGAAGCGGUUGGAGGAGGAGAGGGACCCCAGUUUCCACGAACCUCAUGGCGGACCGGAUCCGGACGCCGACGCCGACGCCGUAAAAACGAAUCUCCGCCCUCAAAACCCGACCGCCUCCGAAGACGACUCCGACAAUCGCAAGAACAUUCGAUCUCCCAACGAAUCCAAUUCGACGAGUAAAAAAUACGAGGUUCGACAGAACGGCGUCGUUCAGGAGAACCAGAUACCCGAAUCAGUCAAAAUUUCAAAGAUCACGGGAACCGGGCCGCCCCGAACCGGUGAUAAACCGGGGAAGGAAUGGUCAUUCAACGGCGCAGCAGGGGAGCCAGAGCCGGAAAGAGAAAAGAACUCGGUGGCGGGGGGAGGAUAUAAAGAAAGAAAUUGGAGGAGUUCGAGAAGGAGUCAAACGGCGGUGGGCGAUUCGAACGAAGCGUGGGAAUCGGUGAGCGAGUCGAAGCAAGAAGGGAGAGACGGGGCUGUGUCGAAGCAACAAAGUAGCGACGUGCAGAGCUCAGGCAGUUUGUCUCAGAGGAAACGGUGUCGUAACAGCAGCGGCGAAGAGCCCGAGGUGUCUCCCGCCAAGCCCAAGCCCAAGCCCAAGCCCAAGCCGUCAGCCGUCAAAUCUGAAGCGUUGCUCAAAUUUCUCGAGAUCAUUCGCUCCCAUCGGCUUGGCUCUGCCUUCGAGCGCCGCGUACGGAGCCAGGAAUCGGAUAGAUACAUAAACUUGAUUCGCCAACACAUCGACCUGAGAACGAUUCGCGCUCGAGUGGUUAAAGGCGCGUAUGCGGAUUCAUUUCACCUUUUCUUCCGAGAUCUCCUCCUCCUUUUCAAUAACGCCAUCAUUUUCUUCCACACAACUUCCCCCGAAAACGAUGCAGCGGUUAAGCUUCGGGCUCUCGUGUUGGAAGAGAUGAAUGACAAAGCACGAAAGCCCCAACCCACAGUCGCCAAAUCAAAACCCACCAAGCCAUGUACUACUGCAAUGGUGGGGUGUCGUAAAAGCGACUCCGUUGCGGCGGUAUGGGAUGUGGGUGGCAAAAAGGCGGAGAAGAAAUCAAGGGAGAUUAAAGGGAAAUCGGAGGUUGGUGAUUGUGUGGAGAUAAAAAUAUACGAGAAGGGUGGAUGGAAGAAGGGUUUGAAUGGGAGGAAAAAGAAUGGGGAAGUGAAGCACGAAUACGGGGGGAACGAACUUAGCUCUCACGAUGGGAUGGAGGUUGGAAUGGAAAAGAAAGAGCGAGUGAGGAAGAAGAAGAUGAAGAAGAAGCAAGGGGCUGUAAGGUUUUUGAAGAGAAUGAAGCAGAAUUGUUGUGAGAGUUUAAAAGAAGAAGAAGAAGGCGACGACGAAGAAGAGAGGAAGAAGGAAGGGAUAAAAAGAGAGAAGGUGAGAGGGAAGAGAGGGGUGGGGAGACCGGCGAAGAAAGGUGAAAGAGUGAAAGUGAAGAGGGAGGAGUGUUGA